AUGGCAGAUUCGAAAGACCAGUUCAGCAGCGGGACGGACUCGGAGAAGAACGAUGGGGUUUCGAUUACAUCUGUGCGGGGGGGCAACGAUACUCACUUUCAAGCAUUCGAAAGGCGCACUAUGCGUCUCGUCGACUUCCGCGUACUCCCUUUGCUAGCUGUAGUUUAUGCCAUCGCCCUCAUUGACCGUAUCAAUCUUGGCGUUGCUCGAACGGCAGGCAUGGGAGCGGAUCUGAAUCUUGCUGUCGGAAGCCGGUUCAGCAUCGUGACCUGCCUUUACUUCAUUCCCUAUAUCCUUGGCCAAUUACCGGGGAACCUUGUUCUUAGAUUACUUGGGGCACGUAACUGGCUUGCUUUCUGUGUAGUCGCAUGGGGUGCUGUGCAACUCGGAAUGGGAUUUGUCCCGACAUGGGGAUGGCUUAUCCUCUGCCGUGUGCUGCUGGGUCUCUUUGAGGCUCCCUUCUUCCCAGCUUUAGUUUACAUCAUAUCAACAUGGUAUAAGCGUUACGAAGUACAGAAGCGGCUUGCGGCCUUCUACCUAUCUUCUAUCACUAUUAGUGGGUUUAGCCCCAUCAUCGCGUAUGGACUCAGUCUCUUGGACGGGAAGAAGGGGAUCGCGGGCUGGGAAUGGAUCUUUAUCAUCGAAGGCGCAAUAACUAUCGCUCUCGGGAUCGUUCUUUUCUAUGCCCUCCCCGACUUCCCCGAUAAAAACACAUUCCUCACGCCCGAGCAAACUGCCUUCGUCCUCAAACGCGUAGAAGACGACAGAGGCGACUCCAUUCCUGAUAAGAUUACGUUCAAGAAGAUUCUGACGCAUUUAGGCGAUUGGACGAUUUGGGCGUACGGCGUCAUGUUCAUGUGUGCCACAACACCUGCUUACGCCAUGUCCUACUUCAUCUCGAUCAUCCUUGAAGGAAUGGGAUACAAAGCGAAGUCGGCUCUUCUCCUCAGCGCUCCACCCUAUGGUCCCGCGUUUGUCUCGGCAAUGGCUUUUGCCUGGCUCUCGGAUAAAACACAGAUCCGAUCCCCGUAUAUCGCUAUCCAAGCUGUCAUAGGUAUAGUUGGUUUGGCCCUCAUGGCUUACGCGCCACAAAAUGGUGUUCGGUAUUUCGGCACGUUCCUCGUCAAUGCAGGUAGUUCAGGCUGCAUCCCGGGUAUUUUGGCAUACGGCGCGAAUAACGUCGUAUCUCAAAGCAAACGAGUUGUUCAGUCAGCCGUAACAGUAGCCUUUGGCGGCAUCGGCGGCAUCAUCGCUUCCACAGUCUUCCGCGAAGUUGAUCGUCCGAAAUACGUUCCAGGCUUAUGGGUAACACUGGGGAUGCAAGUAUUGAUAGUGGUUCUAGUAGGAGUGAUGAAUUUACACUUCAAGAGGAUGAAUCGGUUAUGUGAUGAAGGGAAGUUGGGAGGUGGGCGGAAGGUGCUUGAGGGGCAACCAGGGUUUAGGUAUACUUUAUAA